UCUGGCGCAUGCGCACAGCAGCCUCCCAGGGAGCUGUCCAAAGACGGUCGGUGCUGGAGUGUUUGGCCAGAACUCACACACACACACACACACACACACACACACAAUGGAGGAAGAGUUAAAAUGUCCCGUGUGCGGGUCCGUGUUCAAGGAGCCCAUCCUGCUGCCUUGCUCGCACAACGUGUGUCUGGCGUGUGCCCGCAGCAUCAGCGUGCACACCCCGGACGGCGAGCCCCCGGCGCAGCAGAGCCGAGCCUCGGCCAGCUCGGACUACGACUACCUGCUGGACGUGGACAAGAUGAGCCUGUACAGCGAGACGGACAGCGGCUACGGUUCGUACACGCCCUGCCAGCUCAAGUCGCCCAACGGCGUCCGGGUGUUCCCUUCUUCCGCUUCCGCCGCCGCGCAGCGCCUCUGCUCGCUCACCUGCCCGCUGUGCCACCGCAGCGUCUCGCUGGACGAGCGCGGGCUGCGGGGCUUGCCUCGGAACCGGCUCCUGGAGGCCAUCGUGGCGCGGUACCAGCAGCACCGAGCCGCGUCCGCGUCCGCGUCCUCGACCGCGUCCGCGUCCUCCUCCGGGGCCCCCAAGUGUCAGCUGUGUGACCGCAACCCGGUGGACGCGGCGGUCAUGUGCGAGCAGUGCGACGUCUUCUACUGCAACGCCUGCCAGCAGCGGUGCCACCCGUCCCGCGGCCCGCUCGCCAAGCACCGCCUCGUACCGCCGCCGGCUCACAGGCCCGGUCGGGCGGCCUCCGCGGCGGCCGGCCAGCCCCCGGUCACCGCUCGCAAGCCGGCGACUUGCGUGGAGCACGAAGCGGAGAACUUCGUCAUGUACUGCUGCGGCUGCAGGGCUCCGGUGUGCGCCAAGUGCUUGGAGGACGGGAGGCACGCCAAACACGACGUCAAGCCGCUGGCCCUCAUGUGGAAGCAACACAAGUGUCAGCUGUCGCAGGCCCUCAACGGCGUCUCGGACAAAGCCAAAGAUGCCAAAGAGUUCCUGGUCCAGCUGAAGAACAUGCUGCAGCAGAUCCAGGAGAGCGGCGUGGAGUUUGAAGCCUGCCUGGUGGCUCAGUGCGACUCGCUGAUCGAGGCGCUGACGCGUCAGAAAGCCAAACUCCUCACCAAAGUCACCAAGGAGAAGGAGUACAAACUCAAGGUGGCACGUGACCAGAUCAGCCACUGCACCAUGAAGCUGCGCCAGACCACGGGCAUGAUGGAGUUCUGCCUGGAGGUGCUGAAGGAGAACGACCCCAGCGGCUUCCUCCAGAUCUCUGACGCCCUCAUCAAGCGUGUGAUGUCGUCUCAGGACCAGUGGGUCAAAGGUAACCUGGAAGCCAAGGUGGGCCCUGAGUUCCAUCUCACCCUCAGCACCGACUCGCUGCUCCAGACCAUCCUGCAGCUGGACUUCUGCCAGGGCAAAGAUGUGCAGGACACGCCCUUAUUGGCAGCAGCAGGCAGUGCUGAGGCCGACACCGACACGGAGAGUCCAGGAGUGGAGAGCGGGCCCUCCGUGCCGCCGGCCCCCCUCCUGCAGCUGGAGAAGUGCUGCAGCAGGAACAACAGCGCCACCCUGGCCUGGAGGGUAACUGCGGCUCAAGCCAACCCCAUCGAAGGCUACAUCCUGGAGCUGGACGACGGCAACGGGGGACAGUACAGGGAGGUUUACGUGGGGAAGGAAACGGUGUGCACGGUGGAUGGACUCCACUUCAACAGCUCCUACAACACCAGAGUGAAGGCCUACAACGCCAUCGGGGUGGGACCCUACAGCAAGACGGUGGUGCUGAGGACGUCUGACGUGGCUUGGUUCGCCUUCGAUCCCACCUCAGCUCACAGGGACAUUGUGCUGUCCAACGAGAACCAGACGGUGUCCUGUAACAGCUAUGACGAUCGCGUGGUGCUGGGGACCGCCGCCUUCUCCAAGGGUGUCCACUACUGGGAGGUGUGUAUCGACCGCUACGACAACCACCCAGACCCCGCCUUUGGCAUCGCCAGGAUCAACACCAUGAAGGACAUGAUGCUGGGCAAGGACGACAAGGCCUGGGCCAUGUAUGUGGACAACAACCGCUCCUGGUUCAUGCACAACAACUCGCAUACCAACAGGGCAGAGGGAGGCAUCACUAAGGGCUCAACCGUGGGCGUCCUCCUGGACCUCACCAAGCACACACUGACCUUCUUCAUCAACAAGCAACAACACGGGCCGACUGCCUUCGAGAGCCUGGACGGGGUCUUCAUGCCCGCCGUCAGCCUCAACAGAAACGUGCAGGUGACCUUAUCAACGGGUCUGGAGGUGCCCAAAAACUGCACACAAUAGGUAACUGGGGCCCCCAUCUUGUAUCCACACUAACAAUUCCAACGACACCGCCCUCUAAAGGUUCCCCUCCGCCUGUCCGCUCCGUCAUGAGGCGUCAGAGACUCUCAGACAUUCUUCUUCAUUUGACUUCCUUUCUAACAGCGACAUUCAGACCUGAUGGCUUGCCCCGGACUAGCCAACGUGGACGUGGACAGCCACGAGUGUCUGGGCUUGUUGGGGCGUGGCCUAUUUGGUGCCGCUCUGGCUUGAGCACGCUCGAGUCAUCAUCCGUCGUCGCCCAGGUAGCAGGUUAGCUGGCCGUGUUUGGCCAGUCACGUGACGGGUGCUUGGCGUCCUCUGUGACCUUUGUUGACUUUGCUGCAUCUCUGCUGUCCGCACUUGUGUGACUUAAAGUGCUCAUGACCUCAACACGCGUUCACCUCAUCUUUGGCAUGUUCCGUGUUGGAUGUCCCUCCAACAGCAAAUAUUGGCCACUUGAUGAUGUUCAUCACCUUCUCCUGAGUGGGGGAGGAGUCACAGGGAUUUCCCAUCCUCUGCAAUGCUUUUGCCACUCUUACGGUCUAUGGUCUUGGUUAUCGUACUGUAUAUUUAGCAUUCAUCUCUAGCUGAUGGGCCAAAUGUUUCCAUGCUGCCCCACAAGCCGUUGGAGCGUGGAAAAGCUAAGUUGGAGCCCAGGUGCUGACGGCGGCUAAUGCUGUGCCGUGUUAUGAUGCCAGCGGCUGUAGUGUGCAACAGGAAGUCCAAAGGCUUGUCUCAGAUUGCAGGGUCAUUACAAGAGCUAGCUGCUAGCGGCUACCACUGCCAGUAACCCCCCCAACACAACAUGGGUCACUUUAGCCUUCCAUUGUGUUAUUGUGUGACUGUCACGGCCUUGGCUUGGCUGCGCUCACAUCACUCAUACGUCCUCGUUAUUGUCUAUGACAGCAGUAUGACCUCAUGUCCCUCAUUAUGAGAAGUGAGUUUCAAAUGUAGGAUUAAUAUUAAUAAAUGGAAUAUUGGUGUAGUUAGAGCCUAGAAAACCAGUGCAUGACUUUCUGAAUACAUUUCUUACUUUACGAGUAACAAACUAUCCUUCGAUGUACUUAUUUGGCGUCAUGAGCACUUUAAAGGUUUUUGAAACUGGUUUGCUUCAUUUAGCGUGAGGAUUUCAACUCUUUGCUAUCGGUUAUCCGUGAACACAAGCAGGCACCACUAGGUAGUGUGCUGCCCCAGUCUGCUCCUGCAUAACAUCCCAGACAUGCUGGUGGGCCUGUUCUGCUGACCGCAGGCCAGACUGAUUGAUUGCAGUCUAAGCUCAUCAGUCCAUGAAGACUACAGGAGAGAUCGAACAUCUCAAACACAAUCCCAACAACUCCAGCGCGAGACAAACGGAGCAAAAGCAGCGAGGCUUCUGUGUUGUCUCUGGAGACGUAAAGUGAAUAUUUUAUACCUAACGUUGGGAGAGGAGUGAGCUUUGCCUCAUGGUCAUUUUAUAGCGCUCUUCUUGUAGUUUCCCUAGUGUAGUUUCCCUGCAGUGUCACCUUCAAAGGAGGAAGUGGCAACAGGUGAACUUGCUGCUACCAGCCAUCACUGUGACCAACCGAUGACGAUAUUGUACAGUGGGGGGGCAUUGUUGCCAGACAGCGCCCUGUAGACAGCUUCAGGUGCUGUGGAGUUGAAAUGGACAUAGAUAUAGAAAGGAAAGUGAGCAUCUAUCAGGUUUACAGAAAGAGUACUAUUGUAUUACAUUGUAAAUACUUUCUGCAUUGAUGUUUACUGCCCUCUGCUGUCCCACGUAGGAACUACAACUUGAAGUGUGACAAAGCCAUUGCUGUCCAGGCACAUCUUCUCCUUCCAUACAAAUAGAGAUGCCCACCCGUGUAGAUGUCAGUGUGAGCACCUGGAGGGAAGGCCUGGAACAAAUGGGGUGACCAUGAAACAUCACAUGACUCCCGGCACAUCGCUGCUGGAGAAUUAUGAGGGGAGGGGGGCUGCACUGUAUUCAGGCAUGCGCCCCCCCUCAUCACAGCAUGCCAAAUGUCUUCCUCGGAAAGGAAAUGUUUGUUUCCAAGGGACCCCAGGGGACGUUAACGUCACAGGCAGGAAAAAAGGAGCGCUUGAUUUGCUCAAAGCCACCAAAGUACAGUUAAUCUGGCCUCACUGAGGAGUUGUUUCAAAUGAUGAUUAUCAGAGCUAUUUAUAUGACCAGAUGUACGUAAUGUUACAUACAUAUAUAUCAAUAUAUGAUAUUUCUACAUACAGCAGAUACUUGGAAUCAACACUACUUCAUGUUGCAAGUGGCAAGACUAUGGUGGUGAGCAUCGCCUGGGAUAGAAGUCCAUCAAAACCACACAGGUCAGCUGACAGGCACGUGGACAGAAAUAUUGAGACACCUCGUGCAGGACAGGGCUGAAUGUGGUGUGGUCCGGCCCGCCAGACCACCUUCAUUAAAGGGCUAACUACAUCACGUCCCCACAGCGGACAGCCCAUAAUAUGCUGAUGUGACAUUGGAUGCGACAUCAUUAACGUGGAGUCAUUGUGCAGCAUGCCCCUUUACCUCAGAACGUCUGCAUAUCUUUAGAUUGAUGUUAUGGUGCUUGGGUCGGGAGGUGGUGCAUGCAAUCAUUUAUUGACUUAAUAUGUACAUAUAUUUAUGAAUACACGUUUCUGCUGUUGAUAUGACUUUCUUUCAACCGAGUGAUAGAAGUUAGCAUUAACGCUCUUCAUUCACUUUUAUUCACCUCAUCAUCUACCAUCCUGUGUGAGACAUGAACACGUCUUUGUCUCCUCUGUGUGUUGUAAGAUACACAAAGAGGUAGAAAGAGGCAGCUAAUGGAUGCACGUCAUGGGACACAUGUAUUGGGCCUAGCAAGGCAGCUAUUCAAAGAGAUCCAAAAAGCUCCACCAAGGUUUUCUAUCCAUGCUGUGAGCAUGUAGUAACAGCUACAUGGAUGCUAACAUGUCAUACUUGGGAGUAUUUUAGUAGAACUUCCUUCCUGGGUGCUUUGAUGUCACAUAGCAACAUAGAAAGGAAGGCCACACCUAGCCUCCAAAACUAAAAUAUGUAGCGUUAGUCGCUGUGGUGAGGCGAGGCGUCGCUACACCAGUAAGGUAGUUCUUGGAUGUAACAAUGUUUAUAAUAAUAAUAAUAAUAAUAAUAACAAUGUCUUCAUAAGCAGCUGACAUGAUGGACAUGCAGCCUUGGUGGCUUCUUGGAGGUGGAAUAGGUGUGUCCCUUCAGAUCUCUUUUUAUACCUUUAGAAGACACAGGAGACAAAGACGUGUUCAUGUCUGACGGAAGGAUGGUGGAUGAUGGCAACGUUCCAAAAAUGGUUCUUUUCCUUUACCCCCCCUUGCCAAGCUGUGAAUGUUUUGUACAAGUACAUGUUUUCUAUAGGAGCAUCCAUUGAGGAAGAAAGGCCCACAGACUGACGUGUCUGGGUGGUUUGUGGAAAAUAAAGGACUAUGAUGACCAACGUGUCUGCCGUGGAGCUCUGACAUCACAGUCUGGUCCAGACUGAACCAGCAUCCACAUGUCAUGUUAGGUCAUUUUAUGACAAUUAAAUGGUGACAACCGGCUUGGUAAAAUCACAGUUGAUGUGUCCAUGAGCAAGGCAUUGAGUCCUCUCCCCUGUACUGUAUUUAAUAGUGGCUUGAGUCUGGAUGCCAAUGUCCCCAAACCCCCCCGUUGUUUGUCGGCAUCAGAAGCCAUCUCACCUGGGUUUAGGCGAGUGGCGGGACGUUUAUUUAUUUCUUCACGUCCUGAUGAGAUGUUUCCCCCGGGUCUCAGGUCCCAAAAGGGAGAAGGUGUCAGUUCUUCUUCCCCUCCAAGACCAAGGCUGGACAAGCAACUUGCGACGUCACCAUUGGACCAGGCUGUGCAGAGGCCCCGCCCCUCCGGUGGCGUAGAGCCGCUGUGGCGUACCGACCUCAUCUGCCUCCCCUUUUGCCCUUGAUGGUCCUGAUCUCCUUGGAGCUGAGGAUCAGCAUGCCGUUUUUGAAGCGGCCCACCUGUCCCGUGGGAGCUGAUGUGGUCUUCUUGUCCCUGCUGCAGACGCACGCAUACGCAUGUGUGAUUCAGCCUAGUAGACGGGUGGCUGUGCCCCCUUGUACAGACACAACCAUAACGUUCCAAUAGCCUAGUGUAAACACUCUACAGCCAUCCCUUCUGACCGACCCCUGGCCCUCCAGCCACCAAAGCUGACCGUGAGUCCAGUUCCACAGACCGGCCUCCUCCUUUGGAAAUUUAAUAUUACUUCAAAGACGUUUUUCACGUUAUUAGGGCUCUCUAGCCAUGAAAUAACAUCCCUAUAGUCACCUUUCCUCUCCUAUUAUCCAAUA